UUUCGGAUAAUAUUUCUGAGUCGAAUGAUAAAGUUUUAGAUAAAAAUUCUAAUCACAAUUUAGCGUUCACUAGUGAAACAGAUAUUGAGUCAAAUUUUGAAGUAAAUAAUAGUAAGAACUCAAUGGCAGAUAGCAAAUCGAUGAUUUUAUUUGAAGAUAGAGAUUUUAAUUCGCCUAUUAAAAAAAAUGAAGCACGAGAGACACAUAAUGAAUCACUUGAUAUUGAACAGAACAUAGAUAAUCUUAGUGUAUUUGAUAAAAUUCUGGGAUGUUUUCAAUGUAAAUGUAA